AUGAAAUAUCAAUAGUUUCUGCUUUAUUAUUUAAUUUCAUUUCUGAUUUAUUUGCUAGAAUUCACAAUUUUGAUAUAGCAUUUAGAGGUAUUUAUAUAAUAGUUGCAAGUGAUUUGACACAACUUCCAUCAGUAAGAGAUGAAGCUGUAUUUUAUUUAUCAGUAUGGCAAUUAUUUCAUCCAUUAUUUUUGUACAAAUCCUAA